AUGCCCCUACCCGAAGUUAAAGGCGAAGCCUCCCUCUCAGAAAUCUUUGAUACUCGCAAACUCCGUCAAAUUGACAAUAUCAAACCUCAUCCAAUGACUGGUCGACGUAUCGAUUCUUACCCAAUGGCCCGUACGAAGCCCAUGCGCGUCCUAUGUCUCGGACAAUCCCGAACAGGGACCAUGACCCUCCUCACGGCCCUUAAACGACUAGGCUAUACCCCAUACCACUUAUCCACGGCCCAGGGCAGCCCCAAGACAAACCUUAGUCUCUGGCGCGAAGCCCUCGAUGCAAAGUUCCACGGCAAAGGCAAACCAUGGGGUCGAAACGAGUUUGAUAAAAUGCUCGGCCCUUACGAUGCCGUGCUGGACAUCCCGGCUAUAUGCUUCGUACAAGAGCUUGUAGCUGCAUAUCCCGAAGCAGAAGUCAUAGUCACCCAGCAAGACGUGGACAGUUGGCUACGAAACAUGAACUCAGCCGACGCUCGAGUUCUACGCUGGCCUCUUUGGAAUACACUCGCGAGCUUUGAUUCCAAACAAGCUGGACCCUUUUGGGAAUAUUCAAAGAAAGUCAUGCCCGCCAGCUUCCAUACCAUGACAGACUUUUCAACCAAUUCCCCCGCACGAAUAGUCUACUACGACCACUACGAGUUAGUCAGAAGAAUAGUUCCUGCAAACAAGAUGCUUGAGUUCCGCAUCGAAGAAGGGUGGGCACCACUUUGCAAGUUUUUAGAAAAGGAUAUUCCGAAUGAAAAGUUUCCAAGGGUUGAUGAGUCGAAGGACUUUGUUCUUAGACACAAGAUGAUGUGGUGGAUAGCUUUUGCGAAGAUGGUAGGUAAAGGGUCAUUGACGAGUGCUGUUGCUGGGAUUUUUGCUUCGAUGGUUGCGAUGUUGAAGCUGAAGUAUGCUUUGAAUGUUGUUGCUAUGCUUAGGCCUGUAGCUGGACUUGCAUGA